AUAACAACCCCGCAGCUAAAAAACAAAAAAUUUCAAGCGAGUCGGACGUGCUGCGGAUGAAUUCGAUUCAGAAAAAGGAGGCUUUUGAAUCUUGGCGCGGGUUUCCGGCGAAAAUAUCGAAAUACGAAAUAAAAACGAAACGUGCGAAACGAAGUGCGAAACUAAAAAAUAUUAAGUAGUUUAAAAUACUUAUAGAUAGUGCUAUAAUACAAGUGCAAUAAACAAGGAUAAAAUCGAAGGAUAAAUAAAAUAGAAAGAUACUUCUCUAUCUAAAGAUACUUCUCUUCUCUAUAACUAAUAAAAUAUACAUUUUAUUAAAAAUCACACCAAAAACGACAGUCGGGAAAUACGAAAUCCCAUCUGGACACCCUCGUAUCCAUCCACCUCUCCAAGAUCGAUCGAUCAGGCGAUCUCACAUCGAUCUAUAGGUGUUCCUGCACCGUUUGUCGGCUCGGACUUUUAAUUGCGUCACUAAUGAGCUGCAUUUAUGUUAAUCUCCGCACUCGGGACGUCUAAGCGUUGCAUGACACAAAGAUCCAAAAGAUUGAGAAGGAUCCCGUCUUUCGGCGCUUCUUUUGGAUUUUCGAUUUUGGUUUUUUUUUUUUUGGUAGUUUUCACCUGCUGAGCCGUUUAUGGUUAUUGCCGCAAUUCCGUUGUGACAGUCGGAGGCGCUUUAUCAUAAAUUAAAAAGUCGUGUUGUCGGAAAGGGACAGACAGACAGUCAGAGAGAAUCGGACAAUCGGACCAGCGGACAAGCGGACACCUGGACGGACAGUCCCCGCCCCCGUUUGGCGGUCCAACUGAUGGAUGAUGAUGCCGCUGAUGGCAGUUUCGGCUUUGAGUUAUGGCCGGUUAUGGCCAAGCCGGAGAUUUGCAUGAAUGAAACGUAAACGCACGCGCUGAUAAACGAGCUCCAUCUCCAUCUCCGCUUUUUGGUGAUCCGAUCUUGGUGCUCUCGCGAUGACUUAAUUGAAACGCCGCUGGCUGAAGCAGCAGAAGGUGUUAAUUAGCAUACGAACAAAUCAACAACAACAAGAAUGAAUAAAACUUACCCCAGCCUCAUCCAUCCGUCGUGUAUUUUAUAGUUUGUAUUUUGUGUCCAAGUAUUUUUUUUCGUCGUUUUCGGAUUGUAUUUCGGUUCGAUCUUCCUCGCCGUGGAAGUAUUAAGUGCUGCCGUCUGCUUUUUUCGGAUCAUUAAUAACAAAACAGAGGCAUUAGUUUACUUUUCAAUAGAGUGACUCCUUGUGGACCCUCUCUCGAUCUUGAGGGUUUCCUAUGGCACUGUUUUAAUGUGUAAAAAUACAAAAAGCAGUGUGGUAACAACUGUGUUUGGAAAUUGGACUCCCGGUAGCAUAUUUGUGCAAAGCUCAGCGAAUAGAAAUUAAGUCCCAAAUGGGUAUUCAGAUUUUUAGUGCGAAUAGAAUAUGAUGAUAGUGGCAGCUGUACUGUCUCGGCUCUCCGAUUUGCAUCGUCAUGUGGAAAAUACAUAACAAGCUCUUAAUCUACAUACUCUGGAUUAUGGAAAUAAGAUUAGUGUCCAGCUUUACAUCCGCCAUGCUCUGCGCCCGGAUACCGGGCCUCACGCCGGCCCAGCGUCAUAUGUGCGGCGAGAUGCCCGACGCUCUGAUCGCCCUGGGCGAGGGCCACCAGCUGGGCGCCCAGGAGUGCCAGCACCAGUUCCGGGGCCACCGCUGGAACUGUUCGGAGGUGUGGCAGCGUAAUGUCUUUGCCCAUGUUAUACCCACAGCUUCACGUGAGGCGGCCUACACCUAUGCGAUAGCCAGUGCCGGAGCGGCAUAUGCGGUGACUGCCGCCUGUGCCCGUGGCAACAUCUCCACCUGCGGCUGCGAUGUGCGGCACAAGACCGCACCCGUAGCUGAAGGAGCACCGGAAGAGCCCUGGAAGUGGGGCGGUUGUUCGGCAGAUGUGGAUUUCGGAAUGCGGUAUGCGAGAAGAUUCAUGGAUGCCCGGGAACUAGAGCGCGAUUCAAGAACGCUAAUGAAUCUACACAACAAUCGAGCAGGGAGAACGUUGGUGAAGAAAAUGCUUCGCACAGACUGCAAGUGCCAUGGCGUAAGUGGAUCCUGUGUGAUGAAGACCUGCUGGAAGAGCCUGCCGCCUUUCCGGCUGAUCGGCGACAAGCUGAUGCAAAAAUAUCAAAAAGCCAAAACUGUUCAAGCCGUCAAAGGCAAACGUGGACUGAGAUUAGUAAUAAGCAGAAAGAAGCACACUGGAGUAGCUCGUGCCCCGAAACCGGUGCUCCAUUGGCCAAAGCGGAUGGAACUGAUCUAUCUGGAGGCGUCACCCAAUUACUGUGAGCGUAGCCUGCAGGCGGGCAGCCAGGGCACCGCCGGAAGGAUCUGCCAGCACGGUGGCCACGGCCCGCAGAGUUGCGACCUCCUAUGCUGUGGGCGUGGCCACAACACGCAGCACAUCCGGGUGACGAAGCAGUGCCGCUGCCAGUUCCGAUGGUGCUGCGAGGUGAAGUGCGAUGAAUGCGACGAGAGCUACGAGGAGUUCACCUGUAAAUAGAGCCAAGAAGGAGUAGCCACGCCCAGCCGGAACCCUGAGCUAGUAUUAGAGCUAUGUCAUAGGAAAUGCGUUUAUUAAGUAUUAUGAGAAAUGUAUUACACUCACAACAGACACACCACAAGCUACAAUGCAGACACAUUCCACACUUGGAGUAACCAGUUAACCAUGUACACUAUUUUCGAAAUAAAACACAACUAUCUUAAAAACUAUUAAAUAAAUUCAAAAAUAAAAUGAACAAGAAA